ACAAAGCUGUUAGUUUCGAUAUUAUUAACCGCAGGUUUAUUUGAAAAUUGUCGUUCAUUUAUAUUUUAUUUCUAAACAGAAGCGCAAUGGUUGGGGGGGAUGCAAGAAGCUAUACCCCCCUGAAGCAAUGAAAUUGUCAGGAAAUUUCGGGCGUUUUUCCAAUUUGUUUGAAAUUGUUGGAAAAUUCAGUCAUUAUUCCCCAAAAUUUUACACCACUGCCCUCCUUGUUAUACACCAGUCGGACAGAAAAUGCAGAAUUAUUAUGAAUGUAUGCUAGAUAACCUAAGCAACGUCAGGAUUUAAUUUCUAGGAAAGUACCACAAAAUUAAGAGAGUGCAGAGGCAUUGUUCAAGCCAUCUUGUCAAAUGAGAGCCAAGAAACGUGAAUAAAUUAAUGACUGGAUUUUUGCUUGUUUAUUAAUCAUAUUUACUAUGCAACAUCAUUUUUGUUUAUCAUUAAUUUGAUUUGUGUCUCCGCCUCCUUCCCCGCUGAUCGUUUUUCCCAUACUAGCUGCUACUUAAAUGGGAUUGUCAUGUUUCACAACACGGCAAGAUUUUUGAAAGUCUCUUGAAUGCCCUGAUUGGUUCCCUUUUAAAUAAUUUUAGAACUUGCUCGAUGUUGCUUUGAAAAGUCGCGCAUAAAUUAUUCUUAUCUGGAGUGAGACUCUGAAACGAAUGGCAGCUAUCUGACUGGUUAUUAGGCCUUGAUGCACAUUACUGCUGCCCUCCUCUGCUGCCCGUAGCUAAGAGUUUGGUAUUUACGUCCUAGUUUUGCAUUGCAUGGCUGUUUAUUUACUGUCACCUUCUCAAAAUAGCAUUAUUGUUACACUUGGCUUUUUUAUCUAGCAAAUAAAGAUAUCCUCUUUAUAAGGAUCUUAUGAGCAUCUACUCCCAGACUAUAGUCAAAUUCUCAGCAACACCAAAUACGUAAUAUAACUGUUGUAUUAAGUAACCACCAACAUAUCCUGUGUUUUUCGUCCAUGUUUCACAAAAAUGUGGGAUUUGCUAAGAUUUCUUUUAAUUAUAGGAUUUGCUAAGUUUUCUUUUAAUUAUAGGAUUUGCUAAGUUUUCUUUGCAUCAGUCAAUAGUUUGUGUAGGACAGGAGAUUGUUUCAUUAUGGUGCAACAAUUAUCUAAACCUACGGCAACUGUUACAGUCAUCCGUUGCCAGCAACCUAGGAAACCUAGGAAGCAGUUCAGAGUUGGGGGCUGGGGAAUCAAUGUUGUUUUUCUUUAUCAAAAUCAACGUAUUUCAACAUUCAUGUAGACUUUUGAUUAGGAAAGUGCAUCUGUUGCAUUUGCUACCAAAGAAUAAUGUCUUGGUUCAUUGUCCUAAUUAAUAUGGCCUUCUGAAAUUUUCCAAAGCAAUUGUUUCAAUGAAAUCAGACUGCAAACAGGCUGACAAAAAUGAUUAUUAGGGCCAUUUUCACAUUUUGACUGAGUCAAAGCUGACUUUGAUAUUUUUUGAACGUCUAGAAAUAGGGGACCUGGCAUGUCUGAGCUGUCCAGGGGCCCACCAUGGCUCUCGACGUGCCUGACAAUGAUAUCCCAUAUCAUAUACCCGCUCAAAAUUGAAUUGGUGAAUCUCCUAAUCAGACCAGGCGUAUAUUACAGCAAGGGUAAGAUUGUGAUAACAAAGGACUUUUGUGUUGGUUACGAAUUUUAUUGUUCACCUCUUUAUAUUAGUUUCAAAGGACAUUUACACCUCUCGUUUGUGUUGUAUACAGAUUAUGUUGUUUACAGAAUUAGAGUUGAGUAAAACCUUAAUCAUGCAAGGUAAUAGUUUUUCUUAUAGUUCUACUUUACGACAAAGAUCUCUCCGAAAUUUUUGCAACCGUAAUAUUUAGCUACCCUUACCCUCCGGUAAAUCAUCACUCCAAAUAUUGCCUCUAGAACAUUGUCGAUAGGACAAUAAGAAAACAUUGGUAACUAGAUUUCCUAUUUACUUCGUCUUGAUUUUCAUGACAGAACAUCUCCCGUUUAUUUUUCUUCUAUUGAUUGAAAAUUUGGAUCUAUCCUCAAUCUGUGCCUCAAUGCUUCUGCAGCUUUUUCUUCUUCUAUGACAUGCCCUCAUUCCUCACCCUCUUUACAUCGGAAUUUGAGGGCCGAUCACGAAUUGCCCAGGCCCCAGAAGCCCGUCUCGUGGCUCUCGUCGGGCUUUGCUCAGGUUGAUUGAAUUUGUGCUAAUGAACAUCUAAGUGAAGUGAGAUUUACGUUCGUCCUCUUUUCAAAUAUUGCCAGUCACUAUCAGGUGUACCUUGAAUGCUUAUAAAAUUUCUUGGAUGACCGACAAGCAUUUCUUUUUUAGUUUUUUUUAAUCUUUGUUUGACAUUUCGUCAUACGGGUGUGACAAGUCGGCAGAAGGGGAGAAGGCAUUUUUCCCGCACUCUCUAUUAAUCAUUUGAUUUUCUCAAAUUUGUAAUAGCUCACAAUCACAGCUGUUUAUUUUAAGAUAUUUUGUUUUCAGGCUUUGUGGUGGCGAAUGUUUAGCAGGUGAAUUUUAUUUAAGAGAUAGCUCAGUUUCUCUGACCGAAGAUUUAUAUGGACCACUGCAUUUUCAUCGUUGUUUUCGAAAAGACCACGUUUUUGUAAGGCAGUCUUUUAUUACGAAAUAUUAGAACAACAGCUGGCAUUGUUUGCUUCUUUAAAGGUUUCGAGCAAGAUGAUUCCUUGCAAGGAAGGAAGGCGCAAACUUCGCCAUUAUUCGACCAUGCAUAAUUAGCAUGUGUCAAGUAAAUUGAAUAGCGUGUGGCAACAGGGUGCAUAGGAAGUAUUCAAGCACAAGAUUUGGGAUUGAAAACAGAAAGACGUUCGCUCUGUUGGCGUAGAAAUCGCUCAUUUGCCUUUAGGUUCUAAAUAUCUUCUUGAAAGGCCCUUUCGUCAUGCAGUAUGUUAGAGGGAUAAAACAGCUAAAUCCUCACUUGAUUUGCAUUCUUUGCGGAGGUUAUCUUAUCAAUGCUACAACGCUGAUAGAGUGUUCUCAUUCAUUUUGCAAGACUUGUAUUGUUCAGUAUUUGGAAACCUCUUUCAACUGUCCAGUAUGUGAAACAGAAGUACACAAAACGAAACCUCUAGCCAACAUAAGAUCUGACCCAACUUUGCAAGAAUUAAUCUACAAACUUGUUCCAGGCCUCUAUAAACAGGAAAAGAAAGCUAGACAAGUAUAUGAACUCAAUCGAGAAAAAGAUCGUUGGAAUCAACCUGGUGGAUCGUCAGAAAGAGACCCCGUGCUUGAAGAUUAUACAAGAAUACUUGUGACGCUUACAUAUUUUAGGAGAAAAAGGCCUAGAGCUGUUCGCAAUGACAGGGUCACAAGCAUGUUUCCAACUCGUUUUCUCUGCUGCCCAUUAAACCUUCCAGUUCGAGUCAUGAAGAAAUUUAUUCUCAAAAAGUUUGACCUGCCUUUACAUUGGGAUAUUGAUGUUUGGCGCACAGAUGAAUCCCUUCUGGAUGAUUUAACCUUGGACGACAUUGUAAGAAUUUAUGGAAUAUUUCGUGAGAGAAAACCGUUGGAAAUAUCGUUCAGUGUUACCCCAAAGGACGCCGAGGUGUUCCAGGGCGACAGUAUCACCUUAAACAAAACAGUUCAAUUUGACUUGAAGAAGGAAUCAAAUGCAGCCAGUACAAUCGCAGCGAGGAACAUUUUAACCACCACCCCGGACCCGUCUGACGACGAAGAUGGCAAAGACAGUAAAGAGAAACAGACAAAGGACGACAAUGUUAUGGACGUAGAUAAAGAGGAAAAUGACGGUGCUAACAGUGGUCUGAAUUCUAGUAGUCUAGCAGAGGUUCACGUUACUAGCUAGCAGUUUAUGUUACUAACUUUAUUUAUGGUAUCAAGGAGAAUAAUUGAAUGCAGCUGUUUUGAUUGGAAUAGCUAGAAGACAUAAGGCGGUUUUACAACCAAAGUUUAGCAAAUUUGGAGGUACAAUCCUUGCCCAAAGUCCUCGGAACACCCUGCAGUCAAUGAAAGAUUUUGAUGAAGUAAAAUUUUCCGGCCGUAAGAUACAGAAAUAUCACCCUCCCCCCCCCCCUUAAAAAGGUUAGUUGAGAAGCCUGUUACUUAAACUAGCUGACAGAGUUACACACAACGGAUGAAUUCUGAGCUUUGUGACUGUUGUUAUUCAAGAUUACUUUAAUGGGGAGACUACUGAACUUAUGCAAAAUAUUUGUGUAGUGCACCAAGACUUUUGGCAAGCAUUGUAGCUUGAGUUCAGAUAUGUAUUACUUUCCCAGAGGUUAAAUUGCAGUCUAAAAUCUAAUUGCAUCAAACAGUAUAUUUUGCAAUUGAUGAAAGCACAGCUAUUUGUAUUCCUGUUUUACUUCUGCUAGUGUCUCACAUCUGCAAUAUAGUAGAUUAAGAUGGUUUUCAGUUUUCUAUUGGCUUCUAAUGUCUCCUCCCUGUGAGCAAGCCUGUUGUCUGGCGUAUUUUAUGUCCCUGACUUCAAUAGCGGCACAACAGACUGUAGGGGACAUGUCUUUCCUAGUCUUUGGCGAGAUUUAUUUUGUUUUUCGUCUAAAGUUGACGAAAAUGUUUUUGGGGAGUGAUGAUAGUUCCACAAAAGCAUUCUUUGUGGUAUAAUUCUUUGAUUUAAGGUUUGCUUUUACAUAACUUCAAGUUUUCAUGGGUAUUCCCUUUUGGUAAAAUGGGGGUUUCUUGUUGGUCAAAAUGCAUUUUCUUACAGGAAAAAGGCCGUAUUUUUCAUUUUGACCCACCCCUACAAAGUCUGGCGGCUUACAUCAAACUAGCAUCUUUUCGAAACAAAAUGGAAAAUAUACUAGAUAUGCAUAUGUUUAAUUAUUGGGAUUCAUAUAAAACCACAUAAGACCAUAUAAAACCAUAUAAGUAAGAGAGUUAAUACAUGUUAUAGUGUCUCUUCACAGCAAUCAUAAUUUGUAUUUGUGUAGCAUUUCCCAAAGAGAUUUCUAACCUUCUUGUAAGUGGCAGACAUGGUAUUAAAAGACUGCGUAAUUCCAAUGGUAUACGUUUAGUUUGUAGAUUUCAGCAUCUUUUUGCAAAGUUUGUUGUAUUGAGGUGACACGAGGAAUAGCCCACUUUUGCAAUUUCCAAAUAUAACAGCCUUUUGUGCCAUAAUUUCAUUGUUCUUAAAAGAUCUUUCAAUAAGAUAAGUCUUGUUUUUACUAUGAUGAAUGCCGCUUUUCAUCAGAAUGAGGUUAUUGUUAUCAUAAUGAGACUCAAGUUAAAAAAUUCUGAUAUUUGAUGCAAUAUUUUUGCAGCUAAGCAGGGACAGAGCAAAAUGAAAAAAACAAUUAGAAAGAGUAAUAGUUUAGAGAUAUCACCUAAGAUUGCGGUUGGAGCCAGGCUUAAAUGUGUAAUGACUGAGCCUACUGAUUAUACUGUCGCCACCAAUAGCAAGUUUACAUUCAGUUAUAUCCACGCCCUUUAUUCUGCAUUCUCAUAAUGUUAUCUCUAUGUAUUAUGUACAUGUCAUAUCAAAUCAAAUAUAUGAUAGGACUCAAAAAAGUGAUAAAUUCACAGCAAACUGACCCAUAACGACAAGUCAUAACCAUAGCGAAAGAAUUGUAGGGUCUUUUCUUCAGAACUGCAUAUAUUCUUUCACAACUGCAUUUUUUGUGUAGACUUCUAUCUAAAGACACACUGGCGCCUAGAUUUGGAAACAGAAAUUUAUGAAAUCAAGGCAUAGCACCGAAACAUCGGGGGUUGAAGAGAUAAAAAAGGGGCCCACGAGUAUUUUCAGGUCACUUUUUAUGUUUGCCACAGUUUUCACAAUUUGUAUACCUGUAUGCUAUCUUGCAUUAUUAAAGAAUUUAUAAAAAUAAUUCUAUUAAGAAAGUGCGCCCCUUUAAAAGCAAUGUUGAUGCGGUUGCCUUCGGGCCCGGUAGCCCGACUGGCCAGUCCGUCCUUCCUGUACGCUAAACAGUCCUGCAUUCUGUGUUUGAUACUAGUGAUAUAACGCCGACACUUUGAAGAAAGGUAACAUUCUAGAGGACAUAUGAAACUCCUUGUUUUCAUUGUUUUUACGAGGGCUCUCAAUGGCUAAUUUAACAGAGGAAGGAUGAGGAGUGUAGAGCAGACUUAAAAUCAUAUCCUUAACUCCGUAGCCAAAACUUCAAGCGCACUCUUUUCUACCUAUUUCUUUAUAGAAUA